UGUAACUCUAGCAAAAGCCUUCUCCUCUUCUUCUUUUUCUUCUUCGCAAGAAAUAUCCUUAUGCAGACACUUGUCGCGAUUUGAACCCUUUUGUUGUGUAUUUGCGGCCAAGUUAGAAAAGCUGAAAAGGGGAGGAAGAAAAUAAAAAAAAGAAGCAAAAUCCAGAAUUUAUUGUAAGGGUACAUUGCUUUAUCAUCUCCCGGAAGGAUUGAUAGUAGGAGGAAAAAGCUGUGAUCUUAAAUUGAUUUGUUCUUUGAAGAAGACGGUGAAAACAUUGGACUAAAAUCAGGUGGUCUUAGUGCAAGGAUUUUUGUCAAAUGGGAAGCCAGUUUAAUUUCAAGAAUUUUGGGAACGACCCGAAUGAUGGAAGUGGGAAAAAUGGUGGGGGAAGGCCGCCGGGAAAUGUUCCAUUAGCCCGUCAGUCAUCUGUGUAUUCAUUAACUUUCGAUGAGUUUCAGAACACUAUAGGAGGGAGUGGGAAGGAUUUUGGGUCAAUGAAUAUGGAUGAGUUGUUGAAGAACAUUUGGAGUGCAGAAGAGAUUCAGUCUACUGGAUCUGCUGCUGGUGUUGCUGCCACAGAUUUAGCUGGUUCGAGCGGGUAUUUACAGAGACAGGGAUCAUUAACACUUCCUAGAACACUAAGUCAGAAAACUGUGGAUGAGGUUUGGAGGGAUAUGUCGAAAGAAUUCAAUUUCAGUGGUGGGAAGGAUAACAAUUCUAUUGCCUAUUCAAAUGUGCCUCAGGCUCAGAGGCAACCAACUUUAGGGGAAAUGACACUUGAGGAAUUUUUGGUUAGAGCUGGUGUUGUGAGGGAAGAUGCUCAGUUGUAUGGGAAUACUGCUGGAAUUUUUGAUGAUUUGUCACGUGUUGCGAACAAUCAGGCUUUAGGUUUUGGAUUUCCCCAACCUGGGAUGAAUACUGGACUAACUAAUGGAAGGAUUUUGGAAAGUAGUAAUCAAAUUGGUAUGAAUGCUUCCAAUUUACCAUUAAAUGUCAAUGGGGUCAGAACUGCUCAGCAGCAGUUAGGGACAGCACAAACUGUACAAACAAAUCAGACUCAACCGUUGUCACAACCGCAGCAUCAGCAGCAGCAGCAGCCACCCCUUUUCCCCAAGCAGCCUGGCAUGGACUAUGGUGCUCCUUCAGUGGGCAUACGUAGUGCAGGCCAGUUAUCUAGUCCUGGAAUGAGAGGUGGGAUUGUUGGAGAUCUUACAGCAGGUGGGAAUAUGGUUCAGAAUGGUGGGUUACCGGGUGCAGGGAUGGGGAUGGUUGGUGUUGGAGGUGCUGGUGUUACUAUUGCUGCAGUGUCUCCUGGAGUUUCAUCAGAUGGGCUUGGGAAGAGCAAUGGAGAUACUUCUUCUGUAUCUCCAGUCCCGUAUGUGUUCAAUGGUGGAAUGCGAGGCAGGAAAAGCACUGCGUUGGAAAAGGUCGUCGAGAGGAGGCAGAGAAGAAUGAUAAAGAACAGAGAAUCAGCAGCAAGAUCACGGGCUCGUAAGCAGGUGUGUAUCUCUUAGUUGAUCUCUGAUAGAAUUUAGUUUCUUUUUAUGAUGGACUUGAGAAGUUGUUCUUGUUUUCUGGAGAAAUAUAAUUGUGUUUUGUUUAUUGCUGUGGAAUUUGCCAGCUUUAUGUCUCUUAAUAUUUUGGAUUCUCUAGCUAGAAAGGAUCUAGAUUUUAGUGCAUACACAUCUCCUUCAUGGUGUGUAUGAACAAGAAGGAAAUACAAUGUAAUAGUGCAGGAUAUAGAUCCUUAUAACACUUGGCCAUUUCUGAUUCCUGUUAGAUAAUGUACAUGAGAUUGAGAAGGCUAAAGAAUUAAACAGAGAUUGAGUAGCUGCCAUCAGAGGCUAAUGUGGAGAGUUAAAGCUAUAAUCUAAUACUGAACAAACUGCAAGAUACAAUCCCUGUUGCCCUUUUGAUGCUCUUUUUUAAACAAGGAUAAAAUAUUUCCUUCUUGCUUUGCCUUACUGAACUAUGAUGGUUGUUAAGAUGCUUUUUCUGAUCUAUGCUGGCUUCCCCUGAAAUCUUUUUUUUUUUUUUUUUGGGUUAAUGCUUCCCCUGAAAUCUUCAGAUUAGGAGUUCGGAUAUUAGGUGCCACUAUAAGUUGAUGGUAGACUGGUAGUGCUGUUUUAAGACCAGAUGAGAUGAAGGAUCCUCAGAAGGUUCAUGAGUAAAGGACCUUAUGGAAUAAAAGUUGCUAAAGCAUCAUCUUUUGCAUAACACGCAUGAUAUAUUGCUCAACAGAGAUGACACUGAGUGAUUGGAUACUGCAUUGGUUUAUAUAACAUGAUCUAAAACAAUCUCUUUAUCUUUUUGGCAGGCUUACACUAUGGAGUUAGAAGCUGAAGUAGCCAAGCUAAAAGAAGAGAACCAAGAAUUGCAGAAGAAACAGGUGAAGCUUUGUUUACUUUGCACUUAACCAUUUCCUUUGCAACAUGAAGUUUUGAGCUGGUGAUUGCUUUUUUUUUCACCGUGCACUUAUUAUUGCAGGCAGAAAUCAUGGAAAUGCAGAAAAAUCAGGUACAACUCUUUCUUUUUUGCAUUCUUUACUUGGACCUCCACUUUAGGAUGACCUAAAUAGUCGAAAGUCGAAAGUCAUUUUAGAUUGAUUAUAUGCAAGGUUUACACGUUCGAAAGACACAGAUGCGCAUAUGCACAAGAGUGACAAGUAAUGCUGCUGUUUUAACUUUUAACUGAAACGAAACCGCUUUUGAGUUUUUCCAGUCUCCAACUUGAAGAGAUGGUUAUCUUUUGCCAUUUUACUCGUUUUAAAAAAGAAGGAAAUUAGUGUAAAUUUUGAGAAUAUUUCCCCAACCAGAUGGACUUGAAUCACGAUAAGCAUAGAUCUCACAUCCCCAUUAUUUGAUUUGCGUUUUUAUGCAAAUUAUUAAUCAGACCCCUGUUGAUUCAUUCCGAAUUGAAUGCUUCCGUAUGCUCCUGUAUAUUAUGUGGCAUGUUACUUGAUUCCAUCAAGCUACAGAUUCUAACUAAGCUGAUUUCUCUUGCAUUGCUCUUUAAUAUUAGGUAAUGGAGAUGAUGAAUUUACAGCGUGGAGCUAAAAGACGAUGCUUAAGGCGAACACAAACCGGCCCAUGGUGAUUUUCUAUAUAGAGGACUCGUGGAAGGUACAUAGCUUUGAGGAAUAGUUCAUCGAUGUAAAUAUUCAAGUGAAUGUUUUUGGUGUAGAUAAGAUAGUAGAGUACUUGACGAUCUAUUUAUUCCCCGUUGAGAUGCACUCCUUCCAUCUUCCAUCUCUAGUAAUCCUGUUCUCAGAUAGGAUUAAAUUAUAGGAUCGACACUGUUAGUAUUCUGUUGCUACAACCUUUAGAAAUUAUGUUACUAAGUGGUUUACUAGGUGCAGAUGUAGUAAUCAGUAUUCCUUGCAUCAGUUGAGCUUCAAUUUAGUACUGAAACCUGAUUUCUGCGUUUCUACUGUGAUUCUGAUUUCUAUUUUCCUUUGUUUUAAAAAUGUCACUUCAUAAAGGAUUUUCACUCCAACUCAGAUACGCUUUCUAAUCUCUCCUAUUAGUGGAACCUCACGGGCUUUGUUAUGCAAGAAACAAUCUACUAAUUUCUCUUUGUAGAAGUCUUUCUAAAAUAUUUUUGUGUUGGCAAAAAUCAGAUUCUUUCGACUUUGUUUCCUUAUGUUUUUGCUUCUUCUCCAUCUGAGUGGCACACCGCCAGAAAGUAGCUGUGCAAUCCGCUAGUAAACAACUAUUUGGAGAAGAGUUGCAAAUAUUUUUAACUCUGCGACUAUAACCAAUACCUGCAAGCUGACACAGAUAUUCUAAUUGCCUACUCAUGAUUGACAAGUUGGCCAUGGCGUUCGGUCUUCUGUAGUGCGGAAGAGGAGAGGAGACAAAUUUGAAUCACGGAGUCAACUUAGCUAAUAGCUGAUCAGUGAUUAGAAACCAUCUCCUUUGUUGAAUUUAAGGUCAAUCUUUGUUGCUAAAAGUCAGUUGGUUUCCAUUAUCGGAUGUAGAAAAAGUAGAAAAAUAGACAAGUAAACUCUGGAUGUAGAAAAAUUGGAUAUUCUCUUUAUCGGGAUUGUAUACAACUUGUAAACAGAAAUUGGCAAUUGGGGGUAACAUCGAGUGAUGCAUAUUUGGCAUCCCUUCUGAAUUACACAAUAUAGGAAUAGUUUGCAGAAAAGCAAAGAUUCAGAAGUGAGUUUUAUCAGCUAUGAAUCUGUUCUCCUAAUCGAAUUUAAGAAAAGAAAUUAUAUAGUAACAGUAAUGUACAACAAAAGAAUUGUUUAGAGUUUGGACAAUGGCGUUCAUAUGCAGAGGUUUAGAGUAUGCUGUCAAUGGAAACAGGGAACACCAUCUGUUUGAUUCCUUCAGCCUUUACAAUUGGGAAAAUUAUACUUGAUGCAUCCUGAAAGGUCAAAAGAACAGACUAUAUUUAGAUUCGGUUUCCGAUUAAAAAUGGAAAUGUGUACAUAAGCAGACAUUGAACUGAAAGUAGAAUUCAUACCCAUAUCAAUCUUGCUCCAAGAAAUGUGCGUUGUAGCGAAGGGAACGGAAUCAAAAGGCGGCCGACACCAUAGAUAGCCACAGCAAAGAAAUGCAUCACCAGAGUCAUUGGCUUUGGGUUAAGGCCUGAGAGCAGAGACACUGGACCGGUUGAAAAAAUGCCUCCAAGGCUCAGGUAAUCAAAACACGCUUGGCGCAACUCUGUUCUCGCUUGAUCUUCCGAUGCGCUGAAAACCUUGUAGAGUGCACCAGCCAAUGUGUUGAUAGUGGAAGCUACAGGCUGCAGGAAAGAAGAUGCAGUUUCAUCAAUAUAUUUUGUUCCAAAAUUCAGCAUGAUUCUGAGAAUUAGGUCAUGAUAAAGUUGAUCUCAUACUCACUUUUCGCAGCGAGUAGAAGACCUCGAGAUAUUCAUUGAGUGCAACUGCAUCAUUGAAGUUGUCAAGAGGCCUUAAGAGCUUGCGAAGAACAACAAUAUCCGAAAAUGCAACAGUCAUUCCUCCGCCUGUUAAAGGAUGCCUCAUGUUGAAUGCAUCCCCAAGUACAAUCGCGCCCGGGGUGGAACAAGGGGUAGCCGGCAUGCUUCUGUUCGUGGCAACUUUAAUGUUUCCAUCCUCAAUCCCGGAAAUGAAAUCCUGGUGAAGCUCAGCAGGAAUUUGUGGAAGCACAACCGUCUUCAGAUAAUUCGCCAUUUCGCCGUUAGCGAUUGAAGGGACUUUCUGACCUCCGGGAAUAUCAACUAGGCACCUAGUUUCAGUGCUACUGAUUGGGUACAUAAGAAUAGGUGAAGGGUUGGCCAAGAUAACAUGUCCAUGAUUCGGGAACGGAAGUUUGCAGUUCUUGAGGAUCAACGCAACAAAUGAAGACGGAAUAUCCACCU